AUGGGUUCCGUUCCGAUUGCUACGUCACACUUUGCGGCGCUGCCGUCGGCUCCGCGUGACGAGAUCUUUGCGCUGCUCGGCCAGUUCCGGCAAGACACCCACCCGGAUCGCGUCAAUCUCGGCGCCGGCGUGUACUGCUCGGAUGCCGGCGAGCCGUGGCCGCUCGACGUCGUCCGGACCGUCGAGCAGUCCUUUGCGGCCAAGGCCGACCCGCAUCGCCACGACUACAUCCCCAUCGAGGGCGACCAGCAGUUCCUGGCGCUGGCCCGCGACUUUGUCUUUGGCGACGCCUGUGACGCCGACCGCCUCACCUCCGUCCAGACCGUCUCCGGCUCCGGCGCCAACCACGUCGGCGCCCGAUUCCUGGCCGAGACGCUGCGCCCGCGCCGCGUCUGGCUGUCGGCGCCGACCUGGGCGAACCACGAGCUGAUCUGGAAGACGGUGGGCGUGCCGGUGCACUACUACCCGUACUACAACGCCGCCACGCGCGCCCUCGACUUUGCCGCCAUGGUCGACAAGCUCGAGGCGGAGGCCGCGCCCAGCGACGUCCUUCUCCUGCACGCCUGCGCGCACAACCCGACCGGCCUCGACCCCACCCAGGCGCAGUGGCGCGUCCUGGCCGAGCUGUGCCAGCGCAAGGGCCUGUUCCCCUUCUUCGACAACGCCUACCAGGGCUUCGCCUCGGGCGACCCGGACCGCGACGCCUGGGCCGUCCGCCACUUUGCCCAGCUGCAGCCGCCCGUCGAGAUGUGCGUGGCGCAGUCCUUUGCCAAGAACCUGGGGCUCUACGGCCACCGCGCCGGCGCGUUCCACCUCGUGGUCGCCGGCGACGCCUGCACGCCCGCAGCGCGGGACGCCGUGACGGCCAACCUGGCCCAGAUCAUCCGGUCCGAGUACUCCGUGUCGCCGCGCUACGGCGCCGACAUUGCCAAGGCCGUGCUGGGCAGCAAGGCGCUGACGGCGCAGUGGCACACCGAGCUGCAGACGAUGAGCGGGCGCAUCCUGGCCAUGCGCCGCGCGCUGUUUGACGAGCUGGUGCGCCUGGGCACGCCGGGCACGUGGGUGCACAUCAUCGACCAGAUCGGCAUGUUCUCGUACACGGGCCUCUCCGUGCCCGAGGUCAACUACCUGCGGGAAACAUACCACAUCUACAUCCACUCGUCAGGACGCAUCUCCAUUGCCGGCCUCAACACAAAGAAUGUCAAGUACGUUGCGGCCGCGAUACACGCAGUGCGCUCCGACCCAUCCUUGGUGGACUCUACGUGA